CAACCCAAGGGGCAGUUCGGGGCAGGGGCUCGUUUUGGUGGCGAGACCAUGAUUCAUGGGAUCCGUGCAGGGCGGCGAGCCAACCCCGAGUGGGUGAUACUGCAGAUCGAUGUCGCCAACGCCUUUAAUACAAUCUGCCGCAUAGUUUUGUUCGACGAACUGGUCAAGGGGCCGUUUGCACCAAUGGUCCCCUUCCUGCUUUCACUGUAUGGAGCGCCAUCUUCGUUGCUUUAUCGAGCAGACACAACACGGCACACCCUAUGGUCACGGACGGGGGUGCGGCAGGGGGACCCGUUGGGUUCCUUCCUCUACGCUCUGGCGCAGCAGCCGGCCUUGGAGCGCAUGAAGGCGCAGCACCUGGAUGUCUUCGUGGUCAGCUAUGCCGACGAUACCUAUGUGAUGGGGGAUAUCAAGGCGGUGGGCAAGGCCUACACGACGCUGCAGAGCGAGUUGGAGUGUUCUGGCAUGCAGACUUCGGUGGUGAAGUGCGAGUGGUAUUCGCCGAGCGGGCCUCAGCCGACGCAGGGCAACCCGCUCUACAGCAUGGAGGAGGUUAAGGAUGGACUUGUGGUGGUGGGGUCCCCGGUUGGCGGUUCCGCUUUUGUCGAGGCAGCAGUCAAGGCGAAACGGGGGUCUGACGAGCCGGUCUUGGCGGCAUUGCCAGGUGCUUGGGUGACAGCUCUGCCCUCGCGACCCGAUCUCCGCAUGUCCAGCGACGACUGGGCGAUUGCUGCAAAUCUUCGUUUGGGGCGGGACAUCCCGCACGUGCUGCAAACGGAGAAAUGCUCCUGUGGCGCAAAGUUCUCGGAAGUGUACGCACCUGGCCACGCUCUUCGAUGCGCGACCGGAUACGUCCCGUCCAUCGCGCAUGAUGCGAUCGUCAACUGCACGGCCCUUCUUUGCCGGGAGUUGGGAUGCGCACAACUGUAGAGGACAAGGCCGUUUUCGGCACGGGAACGAUACCAGAUGUGGAUAGCUGGUGCUCGAUACGUGGUUACGUCUGGUAAAGCGAAUGAUUGGCGGGCUCGAGGGAGAAGCUCCCUCGACCGACUCUCAAACUUUAAACGGGCGAGGAGGGCCUGCCAUCUUAAUUGUGGCUGGCUUUCAGGGGUGCUGGCUGACCCCACCAACAUGAGUGCCAAGUGGGCCAUUUUUGGUAAGCAGAACUGGCGAGGCGGGAUGAACCGAAAGCCGGGUUACGGUGCCUAACUACGCGCUAACCUAGAUCCCACAAAGGGUGUUGAUUGAUUAAGACAGCAGGACGGUGGUCAUGGAAGUCGAAAUCCGCUAAGGAGUGUGUUACAACUCACCUGCCGAAUCAAUUAGCCCCUGAAAAUGGAUGGCGCUCAAGCGCGUGACCUAUACCCGGCCGCACCCGGCUGCUGGUGAGCCGGUGCGAGUAGGAGGGCGCGGUGGGAUCCAUCGAAGCGUGCGCGUGAGCGCGCGUGGAGCUCCCGAUCGCUGCAGAUCUUGGUGGUAGUAGCAAAUAUUCAAAUGAGAACUUUGAAGACUGAGGUGGAGAAAGGUUCCAUGUGAACAGCAGUUGCACAUGGGUUAGUCGAUCCUAAGAGAUGGGGUAAUUCCUUGAGAACGGCGCGGUUCUCCCCGCGCCGCCCAUCGAAAGGGAAUCGGGUCAAAAUUCCCGAACCGGGGA